AUGACGAAAACGAAUUUGUUAUCUGACCAAGUCAAUGACAAACCAGCAGGAUUUCUAGUUUUUUUUGGUACAUUUGUAGAUACCCCUAAACUGGGAGAAUUGAGAAUCAGAGAGAAAACUUCAGUAGGUGUUUUCGAUGGAAUCAUCAAAUUUAUCAAUACAAAUUCACUCGAUCCUAUUAAGGAUUGUUUAAGUUAUGAUACUAGUCUAUCUCCAGAGGAUGUAACAGUCGUUGAAGUAACGGAAAAAGAUACAACUCAAAUUGACGGUUUUUAUUUCCCAGGCUUUGUAGAUACACACAAUCAUGUCUCUCAAUAUCCAAAUGUAGGUAUAUUUGGAAAUUCUACUCUGUUAGAUUGGCUAGAGAAAUACACGUUUCCCAUAGAAGCAGCAUUAGCCAACGAAAAUCUUGCAAAAGAAGUUUACAAUAAAGUAAUAAGCAAGACGCUUUCUCAUGGGACUACAACGGUGGCUUACUAUAAUACUAUUGACCUCGAAUCAACUAAGCUCUUGGCUCAGGUGAGCUCCUUGUUGGGACAACGUGUCUUUGUUGGGAAGGUGUGCAUGGACGCGAACGGACCUGCAUAUUAUAUUGAAGAUACCAAGACUUCAUUUGAAAGCACCGUGAAAGCUGUUAAAUACAUACGGGAGACUCUUUCUGACUCCCUAGUAAAUCCCAUAGUAACACCAAGGUUUGCUCCCUCUUGUUCAAGAGAAUUAAUGCAGCAAUUGUCCAAGUUAGUGGGAGAGGAAGACCUACACGUGCAGACCCACUUGUCAGAAAAUAAGAAGGAGAUACAAUGGGUUCAAGAUUUGUUUCCUGAAUGUGCAAAUUACACCGAUGUAUACGACAAAUAUGGUCUGCUCACAGAAAAAACCAUACUAGCACAUUGCGUCCAUCUAACAGAAGCGGAAGCGCGUGUGGUUAAACAAAGACGCUGUGGCAUAUCUCACUGUCCCAUCUCUAACUCCUCUUUGACCUCGGGAGAGUGUAGGGUCCGAUGGUUACUGGAUCAAGGCAUAAACGUCGGUCUAGGUACCGACGUUUCAGCUGGUCACUCUUGUAGCAUAUUAGCUACUGGAAGACAUGCUUUUACUGUUUCAAGGCAUUUGGCAAUGAAGGAAGCCGAUCGUGUGAAAUUGUCUGUUUCUGAGUGCUUAUUUCUUGCUACAAUGGGUGGAGCGCAAGUCUUGCGUAUGGAUGAUACCUUGGGAACGUUUGAAGUGGGUAAACAGUUUGACGCCCAACUGAUCAAAACUGAUGUUCCCGGAUCAAACGUGGAUAUGUUUAGUUGGCAGUUACAAGGAACAAAUCAAAUGCAAGAGCAAAAGAGGGACGUUUAUAAGAAUCCUCCGCUGCUUACUAAAGAAGACAUAAUUGCAAAAUGGUUCUUUAACGGUGAUGAUCGUAAUACUAUUAAAGUUUGGGUAUCUGGUCGCUUAGUUCACCAGACUUAG